AUGCAUCCAAAUACUGUUCUGGUAACUGAUACUCCACCGAGUAUGGAUGAUCUUACGCACUGUGCUUGCCUUCUUCACAUUCCAUUCCUCAAUCUGUCUGUUGUCCUUAAUUCACAUGUCAUUUGUGUUCUCAUUCAGGCGGACGUUUACCACGCGUAUAAAGUCGUGCGUGCAAACAAAGUUCCAGCGGAGAAUAUAAUUACCUUCGCCUACGACGAUAUUGCAAACAAUCCCAAAAAUCCGUUUAAAGGCAAAGUGUUCCAUGAAUACCAGCACGAAGAUGUGUACAAUGGUGUAGUGAUAGACUACCGUGGAAAAGAUGUCACACGGGAUAACUUCGUGAAAGUAUUAAAAGGCGAUGAUAAACUUGAAGCCAACCAGAAGAAGGUGCUGAAAAGGGUCUUUUCUUGUGCUUUCCUAUGUUUGAGAGCGCCAGCCCAUAAGCUACUGCUCAAGACCACCUUAUACUUUCUGCCCGAUAACGGCGGUCCUAAUGACAACGUGUUCGUCUUCUACUCUGGCCAUGGUGGGACUUCCCAUAUUUACUUCCUAAAUAAAGGAAUAAGUUUAGUUAAUUUUGCUCACGAGAAAUUUUCUUCUUGUCUUGCGACAGCUGUACGCCAUGGAGUUGAACGAUACCCUCGCCUACAUGCAUUCAAAACAAAUGUUCAACAAAUUGGUGCUAUACGUGGAUACUUGCAAAUCGGGCUCUAUAUUUCGCGACGUUCUUCCUUCAAAUAUGGGUACUCCCCUUUGUCAUUAUCUCCCACCCGCUCGCAGAAAGACACAAAUAAGCGUACACUAGAACAACAGUACGAGGAGGUAAAAAAGAGUACAGUGUUCAGUCACGUGAUGAAAUACGGUGAAAUGGCGAUGGGAAGUCUCCCAGUUGGAAAAUUUCAUGGUCAUUAUGAUCUACUGAUUCACCGGAACGGUGGGGGGAUAGCACCGAAUUCUGCAGAUAGAAAGCCCUCUUGCAAGGCGCAUUUGUUUUCAAAGUCUCGACGCAUGAUGCAGGCCGCAACCGAGGGAGAACACGAAAUCGCUUGGCAAAGGCUGCACAAAAAUCCAAUUCGUAAAGAUGCGCAAGAAAUCUGUAACAGGCUCUGUACUACCUCCCACAAAUAUUCUUCUCGCUUCUUCCAGCUUGGCUUGGUUCUCAGGGAUACCUUUCGCGACAUCGUCGUGGAUGUGACGACCCACCAUAAGCCAACGUUAAAGAGCUUGUCCAAGAGGGAUGAGCUCAUGUGUUUCAAGGAAGUAUUCGAUCAAUUCCGGACGCACUGCCUCACAAUUCAGCAGGCAACUGAGAUCCUGGUAUCUAUCUGUCUUCAGGUCCCCGAGGUAGCCCAGCAUACAACACAUUUGAUGGAGUUGUGCAAAGCCGGAUACGAGGUUGGAACCCUCAUCGACUCUGUCCACAACGUCUGUUCCUAA